GCGACACAGCAACAAUAUACUCCGUAUUAAAACUACAUUUACAAUCAAAUUAAAGUGAGUUUAGUGAUGCAAAAUCGUGUUGAGUGUCAAAAAUCGCGUGAAUUUAAUCAUACAGUGAAGUCAAAGGUUAAGUUACCGAAAAACUUACAAAAAACUUAAAACAGUGGAGUGUACACAAACAAUAAUAUAACGAACUUUUUGAACCUUUUCUCGCAAAUCCAUGAACCAAUACUAUUCCAGUGACAAUAUAUAAAAGUGAAACAGUGCAAAUAAAUAAAAACUGAGUAAUCUAAAACAAAAAUUAAAUAAUAUAACCUCAUGACGGAAUGAUAUUGCAAAAAUUCAAUUUACCAUUGUUGUCGAUAUAAAUAGUGAAACAGCGCCAUCUACCAAAAAAGGUGCACACUAUUUUCAACUUAAGAUCUACAGAAAAAUCAAUCGUGCUAUUGCCGUAGCAGUACUAUCUACCGCACAGAGAGGGCGUAACAAGUACCAAAACAAACCAGACACAAUGGAGGAGAUUAUGAAAGCACUACAAAACAUCCAAAAAGAACUGAACGACCAAAAAAUAGAAAUUCAGAAAAACGGAGAAAGGGUAACAGAACAAGUUACACAAAACAUAACAAAUAAAUUGGAAGAAAAAUUCGCCAUAUGGGAAGAAAAACACCAGACUUUAAAAGAAAAAGUAGAAAACCAAGAAAGGAGAAUUCAAUUCAUGGAAAAACAAGCAAGGGCAAGAAACAUUAUAUUCUUUGGCAUAGAGGAGGGCGAAUCAUCGUAUAAAAACCUUGAAAAUAAUAUAAUUAAAUUCAUCAACGAAUAUCUGUCUGUAAAACUAGAAUACAGAGAUAUUCAGGAGGUAAAAAGAUUAGGAAAAAUAGGUGAUAAACCGCGUCCCAUACUUGUAACUUUUACUACCCUGGGCCUAAAGAUCAACAUUCUCAAGCAAAAAAAUUUAUUAAAAGACACCCAAUACUACUUGAAAGAAGACUAUCCUAAAUAUAUUUUAGAAAAAAGGAAGGAAUUACAAAAGGAAGCAAACAAAGAGCGCGAGAAAGGCAAUAGAGUCACAAUAAAAUACGAUAAAUUAGUUGUUGUAAAAUCAAACAACAAAAGAGCAUUACCAACCUCACCUGAGCCUCAAAACUAUCAACCGCAACAAACACGUAUUUCACAAACCACCAAAAAGAAUAAAACAAAAAAUCCAAACUCACCAAUACGCAGAUCAAACAGUGUGUCGGAAGGUUUCGUAAGACCAGGCUUACUAAACUACUUGGUUAACAAAAACGACAAGAAUACUUCGCAGCACCAAAACAACGAAAAUGUGAAUAAAAACAACCAAAUAUAGCAACUAUCGCUCC